AUGAAAUCCCAACUACUACGCCGAGAGCGCGACGAGUUCUACGUUGCCUACAAGCGCAUGCAGACGUCCUACGAAAACGCAGUCGAGGUGAUGAACGACCUCCACCGUGAAAUUUCAGCUCAAGAAACAGAAAUUCGAGAAUUACGGCAAGCUCGAUCUGCACAAGAUGACCAAGAUGUACAAGAUAAUCAAGAUGACCAGGAUGGCCAAGACGACCAAGAUGAACCUCGCCAGCCCCAACCCUACGGCUCGACCAUCGGGGACCUCUUCGGGGACACGAGCAGCGAGAGCAGCGAGGAAUCGGACGUGCCGCAAAUGGAGGAUAGUUCUGCCACGGACCAUGCUGAAGGAGACGAGUCGGACGUUGAAGAAGCGGAAGAUGGCGGCGAUGAAGAAGAGGCCAACAGCGACACCGACCGUGGUGACGACAGUGAUUUCAUGUGGAGCGAUGACGACAGUACCGGCUAUGCGUCCGAAUCGGAAACAGGUGAUCAAGAUUACGAGAUGCCUGACUGGCACACUUGGCUUGCACACCGUGUCGAGGAUGACGACGCCUAUGAUCCUGCUGAGGAUUUCUUCGAGGACGGUUCGAGCGACUUUCCUUUUGAUUUGACCCACUUUGACGACUAA